GCUGAUUAGGCCGAAGGCCGAGCAGCGAAGAUCCAUGUACGCCAACGUCGUUUGCUUUUUGCCUUGAUUAUUACACCUCUCUCUCUCACACACUCUCCAUCACUCCACCCCGCGUUAGACCUUUCGGGGUAAAGGGAGGCGCAUCUGCCUUGUCACAAAAUCAUCAAUCUGUUCCUUGCCUAAGUCCUUGCCGUCUCCUAUCUCAUUGCUCAUCAUCACCAUGACUGUCCAGAAAGCGAUUCAGAUAAAGGCUUUAGGCCACGCUGAGUUGAUCACCGAUGCGCCGAUACCCAAGCUUCGUGACGACUACAUUAUCGUGAAAACCGCCGCCGUGGCACUCAACCCGACGGACUGGAAGCAUAUUGACUUCCUAGCCAGGCCCGGCGCCAUUGUGGGCUGUGACUACAGCGGCACAGUGGAGCAGAUCGGUGCUGCUGUCCGCAAUGGACUGAAAGUUGGUGACAGAGUGAUGGGCCUCAUCCACGGAAGCAAUCAAUCCAACCACGAAAACGGCGCAUUUGCGGAACGUGUCGCGGCAAAGGGCGAUAUUCAGAUGAAAGUGCCGGAGGAAAUGACAUCUGAAGAUGCCUCGACGCUCGGAGCUGGCAUCAUCACGAUGGGACAAAGCCUAUACCAGUCCCUGGGCUUGCCACAACCCGAUGAUCCGGCCAAGGAACCGAUUCCACUCUUGAUCUACGGUGGAAGCAUAGCGACUGGCACGCUCGCAAUUCAGUUUGGAAAAAUGUCGGGUUUAACUGUCAUCACAACCUGUUCGCCUCACAACGAGAAGCUCGUGCGCGAUAUGGGCGCAGACUAUGUCUUUGACUACAAUUCCCCAGACUGUGCCGCGAAUAUCCGCACAGUAACUGGCCAUCAACUCCGCCACGUAUUCGACACUGUGUCUACGGAAGAUACUGCCAAACUCUGCUGCGAGGCAAUCGGGGCCCAAGGUGGUAAAUAUACGUCUCUGGCGCCAAUCGAAAAGCUGCCGCGCGACGAUGUCAGCAAUGGAAACACGAUGGCUUACACGGCAGUUGGAGAGGCAUUUAAACUCGGCGACAACCACAUCCCUGCGAAGCCGGAAGACUUUGCGUUUGCAGUCAAGUUCACAACGUUGGCGCAAGACUUGCUUUUUCAGCACAGGUUCAGGGCGCAUCCUACCAGCCUACGGCGGGGCGGGCUAGAUGGUGUCUUGGAUGGGCUACAGGAAAUGCGUGAUGGUCAGGUAUCCGGAGUUAAACUGGUGUAUAGCUUAAACUAGUCGUCUAUAUUCACGUCGUCCAAUCAUCACCAGUGGCGCUUUUUUUUUUCUUCUGGAACUUCAGCGUCUGGAACAGGGGUGGUUCUGCGCGUCCGGGCUGGCUGAGAUGCCGCCCAAGGUCCCGUGUUAGAGGCAGCUUCCGAGGACGGCCAUCUCGAGGUUGUUGAGCAGCUCCCCACAGCUGGGGCUAAUGUCAAUGCCAACCUUGCCGAGUUCGCCGGCGGCCGCACCGUGUUGCGUCGAUCCGCCAACCUGCGCACGAGCCACCAGCGCAUACGCCGGAGCAAGCGCUGAAGUGAGUACAGGGGUGGGCGGGGUGACAUCUGCAUAUAUUCAUGCGUGCUUCACACAAUGCUCACACAGGACGGGGCUUUUGUGGGUGCAAAGAGGGAUGUUGGAGACACGGAAAAAGACCUGCCAGACAGCGUAGUGUUGCACUCGUCGAUGGCCAUGCGUAGGGAACCCC